AUGUCAAAAAAUACAACCUUUCAUACAACGUCAUCGGAGUCAACAUUAUUAUAUUGUCAUGUGAAUACCAUCACAUGGGGACAACAUGAGUUCAAUUUGGAUCAUUAUUUUACUGAUACCAAAACACUUCAUAUGAAAUCGCCUGUACCAUUUGAGGUCCUGACAUCGAAAAUUGAUCUCGAUCAAGUAAUGCAUUUAUCUGUUAUGAAUGUAAAUGAUAUAUUAACAUAUAUACCCUUACAAACUACAAUGCCUCAACUCCGUAGAUUAUCGAUUCUACUUUUUGUGUAUUCAACAAUAAAGAUUGGAGGUGAAUUUAGUGAAUAUCUAACUGAAGAAUUAAUUCAAAUUUUCCCAAAUCUUCAAUAUUUACAAUGUACGUCUGAAAUCAACGCUGAAGAAAUCAUGUACCAUUGUAUCAAUGGAUUCAGACAUUUGGAGAAUGCGUCGUUUUCGUUUUCACCAGUUGUCCAACAAGAUAAACGUAUUAUCGGCAUUAUUUUGGAUACCACUGUUUAUCUUUCUUUGCAAAAUGGAAAGCCUCAAGGAGAAGAAUUUUCAAGGUUGUUCUAUAUGUUGGAGUGUUGGCGUCGAUAUGUUCUGUACUGUGAUUGUUCUUGCCUGUUGUAUUACAAAUAUGAUGCAUGA